AUGGGCAGCCAUUACAGGUUCAGACUGUCCCAUCUCGUGCCAAACUCUUGGUUCUACAAGCUGAGGGACAUGAAGAGACCCAGACCACCAAGCCAACCAAGAAGCUCUACAGCUACAAGAACACCAAGGAGAUCAUCAUCAAGCCACUACUACUGCCAUGGAACCAGCACCCCAAAACCUCUUCCAUUACCACCACACCAAUCCUACUCCUCCUACCUACAACUACGAGCAAAGAAAAUGCCACCGGAGAAGCUGCGCCUCUCUCCUCUCUGCCUCAGCCCAAAGGCAACAAACAUCCGAUUCCCCAACGAUCGUCAUCAGUCACCAUCUUCGAGAAGUGCCGCCGCCGUCGUCGUCGACGAUUUUCAAGGCUUGCAACUACGUCCGAUUCGCACAAGGCCAGCGCCAAUCGCGUUGAGAAGUGCGCACCACAGCACGACCGCAAGCAGUACGUGCCCGAGCUCGCCGAGGCUUAGGAGCAGAAGGCUUCGUCUUUCCAGCAGUGGCUGUUGCAGAGUUAGCACCAGGUGCACUGGUCGCCGGAGAAGCGCGAGGAGGAGCAUCGCCGUCGUGGUGGCGUCGACGGACCCGCACAAGGACUUCAGGGAGAGCAUGGUGGAGAUGAUCGUCGGGACCGACAUGCGCGGAGCAGAGGCUCUGAGGGACCUCCUUGAUUGCUAUCUGUCGUUGAACUCGAGGGAGUACCAUGGAGUAAUCACGGAGGCGUUCAGGGGAAUCUGGCUCCAGAUUAUCCGUGACGGUGUUGAGAUAUGA